AUGGUUCGUUCACGAAGUCACAAUGUCUCCAAAAGCACAAGAAUAUUGAGAGUCGUCUAUGAUGAUCCUGAUGCAACUGAUUCAUCAUCGGAUGAAGAAAGUUAUUUUUUUGACGAAGAACAACGGAAGAGGAAGAGGAAGAGAGUUGUGCUUGAAAUUUCAGUCCCUAAUGUUUUAGAUGACAUUGUUUAUGUCGAUGAAACACCGGUCGAUAAUGGACCGAACAAGAGUAUAAUGAAUGAAAAACCUCGUAUCAAAUACAAAGGUGUUCGAAUUAGAAAAUCAGGAAGAUGGGCUGCAGAAAUUCACAAUCCCAUUAAAGGUAAGCGCGAAUGGUUAGGUACUUUCGAUACAGCAGAAGAGGCAUCCAAAGUAUAUGAAGCUAAAAAACUUGAAUUUGAAGCCAUAACUAAGGUGAAAAAUAGUGCAUCCAACAAUGUUGCUUCUAUUGAAACUAUGGUUGCUAUUUUGAAUGAGAAAAAGAGUGAUACGUUAAAUGUAUCUUCAUCGUUGCCGCAAUGGGUUGAUUGUGUUUCCAAUUUAUUCGAGAGUGGUGAAUUUUCAAGUGAUGAACCUAUUCUUGAGAGUCUCGAGUCUAAUCCUUUGGAGGGUGAAUUUAUGGAACAAAAUUUGCUAGAUUUAUGUCCUUUGGACACGGUGCGAAAACCGGAUGUCGAUGCGACAUCCGAUAUGUCUAGGAUUGAACUUAAUUGGUUAACAUUUGAUGAAUUGGGGUGGAGUUUGAAAUAUUUGGAUGAUCUUGGUUUACUUGAUGACCUUUAA